CUGCCGGCUUCAACUGAAGAAGUAAACACUCCGAGUUCUGUUUCAAAGCUUAUUAUGAAUUUCAAAAAGAUCUUCCUCUUUAUUGGCCUUAUACUAGCAAUUAGUAUUGGUCACACUAAGGCUGAUUUUUGGAAAGACCUCGAGCGCGUUGGUCAACACGUACGGGAUGCCACAAAUCAGGUUCUUGACAUUGCUCAAAAGGGAGCAGAUGUGGCAGAAAAGUUUAAAGACAUAAACGAAAACAGUUCUUAAAUAACAAAAUACUUAUUAUUGUGAACUCGGUAAUAUAUAAAAUAAACAAGCUUGCAAACAAAAUUCAUGAUUUAA